CCGCCCCCACUUCCGCUCCUGCGCGCUCCAGCCGGACGCCUUGUUUCGCUGAGAUGGCUGCCUCGCGCUUGCCUCCGGGGACACUAACUCUAAAGCAGUUCCUGAGAAGGCAACAAGUUCUCCUCCUCUAUAGAAGAAUUUUGCAAGCAAUCCAGCAAGUUCCAAAUGCAUCUGAUCGCCAGUACCUGAGAAACUGGGCAAGGGAAGAAUUCGAAAGAAAUAAAAGUGCCACAGAAGAGGAUACAAUCCGGAUGAUGAUUACUCAAGGCAAUAUCCAGCUAAAGGAGUUAGAGAAAACACUUGCAUUAGCAAAAUCUUAACUCUAGCAUUAUUUGAAGGAUUUCUAAAUCUUCAUGUUUUGUUGAGUUUAGGCUUAAUGGACAGUUCAAAGCCAAGUCAAACUGUUCGUAUAUACAUUACUCAGAAGCAAUAUCAGAAAGCAGAGCAUAGUACAUCAUAGAUAGCAAAGAAAAGCACAGUGAAGCUGCCUUAGAACUGACAGAUAUAACUGAGUUCUGAAAAUGUUUCUGAAUGUAUCACCAGUUUUCAUAAGAAGCCAAAACUAUUAACAGCCAGUUUGCACAUGGAAAGAUGCUCAACACAAAUCAUCAGGAAAACUCAUUUUAAAACCAUAAUGAGAUAGCACUUCACUUCCACUACAAUGGCUAUAAUUAAAAAAGGGAAAUAAAUGUGGAGAAAUUGCUCAGUGGCACACACCUAUAAUCGCAGCAUUUUGGAACCUUCUUGAAAAAUCCUUCUGCAUUACCUUUAAGGGUUGUUGAGGUACAUUCUUCAGCUGUGCCAUGAUUUGAUAGCCAAAGGACUCUAAAAAGACCAUCACUAGCAAAUCUGGAUCUGUGCUAGAAAGGAGAGAAAAAGAAUGAGAACAUUAAAUACCAAAAAAAGCAGGGAAAACUUCAAGCAAGUUCUCGAUGAAACUUCACGAUUACCUUAAUUUUGAUGUGGAUAGAAGUAAAUCCUGGAAGAAAAUUUUUGGUGUGUCAGAUUCUUCUCCAGGGACAGGAAAAACAGAAUUUUGAAGAAUACAUCAGAGACAACUACAUCUCAUCCAGAGUUGACUUUAGGUCACUUUUGAAACUGACUCAAUUUAUAACAUACAAUUAAAUUAAUAAAAGAUAUGGAAGCAAAAGCUUAUGGAAGAUGUUGGGGUUAUCAGUCCUGCAAAGAGAAGUCCCAUUCAUCAAUGGAACAGAGCUAAGAAGCUAAUCCAAAAAUCUGGCCAGCACCUGAAAGAUGUAGACAAAUUUUGCAGAAUACAUGGUAUCAAGUACUUGUAUUAUAAGCGAGAGGAGAAUCAUAAACCAGUGGUGUGUAUGUUAAUGGAUUCCCAGAGCCCACUCCUACUUCCUGUUGCCUCAGAGUUCACAGCAUAAAAUACUUCUGAGUACCCUUCCAAGGGGGUAAUCUAAUUAAUUCAAAAUGCUCGUGUGAGCCAGCCUUCAGGUUCCUAAAUAAGCAUUAGCGUGUUGCAGAAUCAUCUGAUAAAAAGAAUUUGUGAAGUUUCUGAAUAAAGAACUUAUUGGAAAUA